AUGUCGUUCGAUACUGAAGUCCUCAUAAUCGGUGCCGGCAUGUCCGGUCUCGGUUUUGCUGUGCAAACAAUUCGCAAAUUUGGCAUCCGGAACUUUGAGUUGAUCGAGAAGAGCGAUGAUGUGGGCGGUACCUGGCUGCAGAACACAUACCCUGGGUGCGGCUGCGACGUCGCCAGUCAUUUCUACAGCUACAGCUUUGCGUUGAAUCCGGAUUGGAGCAGAAAAUAUUCCAUGCGCGAGGAGAUCCAGAAAUAUUUUAGAGAUGUCUCAGAUCAGUAUCGAGUCACGGAGAGGGUGAGGUUUCAUUCAAUUGUUGAGAAGGCAACAUGGGAUGAGCAAGCGAACGUGUGGGUUGUUGACGUUCUGGAUCUGAAGACGAAGGAAAGAUCAAUCAGGAGAGCGAAAAUACUAAUUAGUGGAGUGGGGAGUCUGAGUGUACCGAAAGAAUGCGAGGUUGAAGGGAAGGAGACAUUCAAGGGGAAAAUGUUUCACUCUGCAAAAUGGGACCACACCUUCGACUGGGCAGAUAAGGACGUUGUUGUCCUAGGCAACGGCUGCUCAGCCACCCAGUUUGUCCCUAUCAUGGCCGGCGAAGUCGGAACCACCCCUCCCGUCCGAAGAAUAUCCCAGUUCGCCCGACAAGCACAGUACCUCUCUGAGCGGGAAAACCCCUACUACACUCCAGCCUUCAAGGCCGUUAUGCGCUACGUUCCACUUGCCAUGCGCCUGUACCGUGCAAAGCACUAUUACGAUAUGGAGUCUGAUUGGUCUGGCUUCCCUAUCGAGAGUGGCGCUACGAUUCGAUCUGGUUUGGCGAAGGAGAACGAGGCGUAUGUAAAACGUGCGGCACCAAGUAAAUAUUGGGAUGCUCUAAUUCCAAGGAGCGAAAUUGGGUGCAAGAGGAAAGUACUUGACACGGAGUACUUGAAGUGUCUGUGGAGAGACAACGUGGAAUUGAUUCAUGACGAUCCAGUCGAGAAGAUUAUCGAAGAUGGUGUUGUGACAAAAUCCGGCAGGAGAUUGAAAGCCGAUGCGAUUGUUCUAGCGAUUGGGUUCGCGACACAACAAAUGCUUUGUCCAACGGAGAUCGUUGGGAGAGGUGGGUUGAAGUUGAAUAAUUACUGGGACGCCAAAACCCAGGGCGUAGCGCAAGCCUACUUUGGCACUGUCAUCCCCAACUUUCCCAAUUUCUUCGUCUUGAUGGGUCCCAACACCGUCACUGGUCACCUCAGCGUCAUAUACACCGUUGAAUGCCAGAUCAACUUUACCCUGCGCCUACUCACUCCCAUCCUGACCACUCUACCCUCCUACCGCGCACGAUCCUUGGUCCCCUCCGUCCUCGCCCCCGUUCCCUCCACCAUCGAAGUGCGUCCCGAAGCCGCCCAGCAAGACUUUGAAUGGACGCAGCGCGAAGCAAAGAAACUCGUGUGGGCGAGCGGAUGCACAAAUUGGGCUAUCGAUCCCAAGACAGGUCUCAACAAUAUGAUGUAUCCUGAUUGGCAGUUUAUGUUCUGGUGGAGGAGUGUUUUUUGGCGGAAACAAGACUUCGUGUAUAGAGAUGAGAAGACGGGACAAGAGGUGGAGCCUGGGAACAAGAAGAGGUGGCUAGUAAGGGCAUUGACUUUGGGCGCGCUUGUGGCGGUUUUUGUCAACAGAGAUUGGGUGGCUGAAGAGCUACCAAAACGGUUAAAGGAAUUCGAUGGGAGAGAGUCUCUAAGAGGCUUGGUCGCUACUAGGGCUUGA